CCUCCCCUGUUUAGUUCCCGGAUUUUGCGACCUGACUUGGGGUGAUGUUUCUCCUUUGCAGAAGAAAAGCAGGCGAAAUGCUUUAUAAACAGAGCAGAGGAAUGAUGAAAGCUGCCUUUAAGGAUUUCGACUACGUUGUGUACCACCCCUUUCACUCCAGGUCCAUUUUAAAAUAUCAGACUCGAUUAAUUAAAAAGGAGUUUUGUACUGCUGUAGUUGAAACAUAUGAUGCAAGAAAAGUAAAUCUGACACCACUAGAACAAAGAAAACUAUCUUUUGACACACAUGCUUUAGUAAAGGACCUACUGGCCAGUGGUUUCAAAAAGGAAGAAGCAGAAAUUCUUGUUACAACACUAGUAACAUUAACCACUGCCUGUAUGGAUACAGUGUAUCGAGACAUGGUAACAGGAUCUCAUCAGGAAAUUGCACUACAACAAAUAAUGGCUCAUCUCGAUUCAAUCAAAAAAGACAUGGUCAUUUUGGAGAAAAGUGAAUUUGCUAAUCUGAGAGCAGAGAAUGAGAAAAUGAAAAAUGAGUUAGAACAAGUUAAACGACAGCUCUUGGAAGAAAGUAAGAAGAUCAAAGCUGAUGCCAAACUUGAUAUUAAUUUGGAGAGAAGCAGAGUAACGGACAUGUUUACUGAACAAGAGAAGAAAUUAAUGGAAGUCAGUACAGAAUUUCACAAAAAGAAUGCAGAAGUAGACCGUACUACUAUGGAAGCACACAAAAAAAUAGACAUUGAAGUAGCCUCACUAAAAGUUUUGCUGGAGUCACUUAAACUACAUACAGCACGCUACCUUGCAGCUACAGUUUUUACUUGCCUUGCAAUUGCAUUGGGAGUUUACCGAUUUUGGAAAUAAUGGCUGAUAUCGGUGAUUUUGAAGAUACUGUACCAUUUUUGCAUUAUUUUACUGGACAAAGAACUCUACAGAUCCAGUUGCAUCGAAAAUACAGUAACUACCAAAGUUUUGUUUUGUAAAAUAAAGUACCGUAUUACUGUAUGUUUAUUUGCUGUUCAGUUGUGCAUGUUGUUUGGUAUAAACAGUAUACUGACAUUCAAAAAUGCAUUACAAGUAUUCUCUUUUUAUUAAUAAACAUUUGAUCACAAAAAUGUACAAUGCUAACAUCUCUUAGUUCCCCGCCCACAAACACACUUCAUCCUUGCACCUUUUCUCAUUUUGUUACAAUAUUGAACCCUUGAACAAGGCCCUUAACCUGAAAAUUGCACCAGUGGUGCCAUACAAUAGCUGACCCUGCACUCUGACCCCCAAAGGUCAAGCAAAAAGACAAUUUACCCCCAGUGUGAAAUUGAAUGUAAUUAGAUGUAAAUGAUCGACAUGAAAACUCUAUAAUGUGAACUCUAUCAUAAUAGUGAGUUGAUCUCUCAUCAAACCUCCAAACAAACUAAAUAUUUUUGUACAUAGACUCUGCCUGCCAAUAAUUAUAGCAGAGUAGCUGACUAUGAAACUGUUAUCUCUAAUGUUUGAUUCUAUUUUCACAUUCACUUGAAUUAUGAUUGGGUGACUAGGGAGUCCACUGCAUUGAACUGAGUUCACGGAUUAUAUUUCCAGAACAGUUCCAAGAACUAUUUCCUUGUCCUUGUGGCAUGAGGAAUUACUCUGUUGAAAAGUCCCAUUCUCAAAUUGGUUAAAUGCUGCUGACUGUGGAGGUACCUGAUUAGCAGUGAUGUUCAGAUAUAACACUCAAACACUGUUCUCCUUAAUGGGGAGGACCAAGUCUGUUUCUUAAAAUAAACCCCACAAAGUUACUUCUCUGCUACCAGCCAGCAUUGGAAACCUUGAGAAAAUGGAGCAAUGGAUUUCUAUGGGGUUUUACUGUGUUCUGUUUCUCCCUUCUGUGGUAAUUGUCAAGAUUUAGUUUGUCAGACCAAGAUAUGUUUUUGUGCCUGCACAAUCCAGGGUUUAUAAACUCUGUAAUCUAUUACAAACUUAACAUUUUACGUUAAGAGACAUUGAACUCAUUUGGGUCACUGGUUGCUGUAGCUCAUCCAUGACAAGGUACAAUGAAUUAUGCAUUCCAAUGUGCUUUUUUUUUUAGCACAGCUAGAGUAGUCAUCGUUUACAAAACUUUUACUACAGAAGCUGUGUCAGCCUUUUUUUUAAAGAAUCAUUUUUUAAACACAGAAUAGCCAUUUAGUGAAUGUUUUUUACAUUGUAACCCAUUCAUGACACUGUAAUAUUUGAAAACUUUAACAGGAUUGCUGUUCUUAUGUUGUAUCUAGUGUCUGUUCUACCUUACAAUAGACCAUAACUAGGGGGCUCUGCCCCCUGCUCGCUUCGCUCGCCAACCCCUGGUCUUGGGUAACCCGAAAUAGAUUUGAAAGAGAUUAUUGUCGGCGCCUGUGCCUUUCGUACUUUCCCGCGCCUUCCGUACUAUCUUUGUGGACCUGUUGGGCCUCCGUAGCCUCGUCCGUUUGACUCUGAGGUGCAGUGCAGAAUCCUCUUUUUUGUGUGGCUGUGUCGUUAGCUAUGGGCGCGUUGUUGCUUCAUUUCUCAUUCAUGUUAGUUGAGCUCUUUCGUUUUUGGGCCAUGACUCCUUCGUUCGCGGUGGAUAAGACUUCGCUUGCGGUUUAUGAGACAUGCGCUUUAGGCACCUCCGCAGUAUGUCUCAUGGUCCCAUCGCCGUGUACCUGCAUCCAUAUCCGGUUUAUUCUCGGUUAGAAAUAUGGAUACCCUACACUGAUUAAAUUCUAAGUGCCAUAUGAAAAGUAAAUUAAACUCUGCUGAAGAACAAAGUUACACUAUCAAAAUCAGAAAAUAGUUUUGUUAUGAGGAUGCUUUUGUCAGCUGCAAUGACUGGCAGUCUUUAUCAGGGUUGAUGAAAAUAAAAUGAACUAGGGAGAAAGUCGGUUGUUUCAGUUUGGCAGUGCUCCAUUGAAUACUGCCAGAGCAACGCAACAGUGAGUUAAAAUAAAAAAAUAGAUGCAUAUAAGAGGCCCAGUCAUAAUCUUAACCAUAAGACCCAUUAAAGAUCUGUGGCAGAACCUCAAAAUUACUAUCCAUAUAUGAUGAGACAGCAGUCCAAUUUGCCAGUAGGCUAUAAAAUUCAAGGCUGAAUGAAAGGAGUAGAUCAAAUUAAGACGUUAACAAUACACCCCAGACUAAUGUUACCAGGUUUGUUUCAGUCCAGCAGUCCUUUCUGUGCAAAGCACUUAUUCUAACCCACACACUUCUGCACUACUGCCAGCGUCAUGAUUGCAAGGUAUAAUUAUGGAGAAUAUAGAAGAAAAAUUUGCAAAUUGUGAAAUAGAGGAAGGAUGCAGUUACCCACUUUGGUCUCAUCUUUGACUGACCACAGAAUUGGCAGGCAGUCUCACUUCAUGGCUGCACAGCUGAUCAUUCCCACAUCACCCUGUAAAUGGUGUGAAGACUCAUAAAAGCAUACAUUGCCUCUGCUAAGAUCAUGGUUAAAAAAUGGUGUUGCCUGCACUGCUAAAUUAGGCCAAAGCCCUUUUCGAACCCUUCCCUCUGGUAGCCAUAAUUGGAUGUACAUCUUUUUACAUGGUACAUUUCCCUAAAAAUACACAUAUCAAAGGCAUUUUUAGUUGUUUAUCAGAACAUUAUACUUUACUGCAGUUCAGAACAACUGUGUUUUGGAACAGUUAACUUUGACUUAAAUAUUGCCUGAUCAAUUUCACUUGUCGUAUUUAUGUGUCAUCAUAUAUACAUUUUAACCAAAAUACUUCUAAAUGUAUUACAUGAAUAACUGCAAUAAUGUUGUAUACAUUUUUCACGUACUUAUUACAAAUUCAAACUUAUUGGUUAUAGAAAAUCAAAAGCAGAUUUGAAUUAAAUUAAUCCAAAAUAAUUAUGUUUCAGUAAACAUAACUUAUGUUUGUGUGAAAUACCUGCCAUAAAAAGAGAAAAAUAACGAUAUGAGGCAGAUUACGUAAAUCAAUAAUAAAGUAUACCAUCCACAGCAAUAUGAAUUUGUUAAUCUGGAUAUUUAUUUAUAAUGUACAUGAAGUCAAAUUUCAAUAGGUUUGGAUAUUUUAGCAAAACAUUUUUACAUUAUAAUUUUAAGCCAGUUGCAUAUUUAAGCAAAUAUAUAAAUAAAAAAGACUUCAGAUUGUUGAUAGUAAAAAAAACAAAAAUCAUUUGCUUAAUGAAAUGAGCAGAAUCAGGCAGGAUGAUAAUUUGUGUAUCAUAAAAAGCUGAAAUUACAUUAUUUUUUUCUAAAAAAAUCCUUUUUUUUUCAAUUAUUUGACAUCUCUGAAAUGCCUUUAUUGUUCAAGACCAGCUCAAACUGAUACAAUAUUCCAAAUAAAAUCAUUAAAAACUAUUUACGAUGUUGAUAUUUUGUUCUUCAGUAGUUUGUGUAAACCUUUACUUUUCAGUUCUUCGAACAAAUACACCGCCCACACUUGUUUGUUUCUUCUUCUUAGUUUUCUUUUUUUCACCUGUUGGUUCUUCACUAAAUUCCUAUAAUCAAAAACAAAAUGAUCAUUUUGACAUUUACUAUAAUAAAGGUUGAAAACUAAUAAUACGUUAAUAUAAUAUAUGAUGGAUUUUUAAAUUUCAACUUCCUGUUAUUAUACAGUAGGUACAGAGACAAUUUAAUUAAAAUGAGACUCCAUAUAUAGAUCCUGUGGAAGAAUAAUUUUAGGGUAACACAGCAUUCAUCUUUAAGAAAUAGCAUAAAGGGUUAAUAAAUGUCAGAAACGAGAUAAAGAUCAAGUGAACAAUAAAAUGUACACUGAAAUAUAAGAAAAAUACUGAUAUGGUCAAGUAAAUAAAGAAUGUACCAGAAGAAAGGUUGAUGUAAUAUACAAAAUGUACUGAAGGAUGACUAAGACAUGACUAAGAAAUCAGCAGAUGUCCUAUAAACGAGAAUGGACAAUUAUUAUAUGCACAGAGAUUUCAAGGAUGAUGGCUCAUCUCAAAAGGUAUACGAGACUUUUAUUUUAUAUAAAUCAUUUGGGUGUAAACCAACAUACCAACCAUAGUAAAAUGUAAGCAUUACUGUAUGUAUUGAUUGACACUGUAUGUAAAUUCAGUAGUUUAUAAAAUGAACCUCUAUUCUUUGUUUCUCUGAUCAUUCUGACCAUGCUGUAAUGGACUGCUUUUGAAGAAUGCUCCCUCCAAGGCAUUUUGCUGAGGAGUAAUUAAAAGAUACAAUGAACAGCUUU